CUUUUCUAUCAGUAACUAAUCGCGGUUGCCGUGUCAAAAUUUAAGAUCCACAAGUUUCUGGUAGUUUACAAUUGACUUUUAUGACUUGCACAUAACAUCAGAAAAUGGAGGGAGUAGCAGUAUGAUAUGCCAAAGUCAACCUGAGAACGCGUUGAAUUCACUGGGUAGAUGCUUCGUCUGUUCCAAGUACUUGCAAAACAUACUUUGAAUUCACUCGACGGAGCUGUCAUGACUCAGCUCUUGAGGGAUUCGUUGGUUCCCAUACUCCAUAAUAUUUUGCGACGAGAUGUCAUUGGCUAGUCUCCCAAAAAUUCAAAGCUUCUAAUCUGUCGCAUUCUUUGCUCUCAACGAAGAAUUAAAAAUCGGUUGGAAGAAGAUCCAUCUGCCGCGGAUCAAAUCUCAUCUUAUUAUUAGACAGAGACGUGUUGCUGCUGCUUCCAUUUUGUUUUUCUUGGUCGACUUUUUCGUUGAUUUUAUUUCUCCUCGGAGAGUAUAAUCCCUUCACCUUCUCCUUAAGUUUUCCAUCUCCGGGUUAUCAUCAUGCCAUCUCCCAGCCAGCUGAUCCGGUGUUCGUCGAUAGUAGCGGUUGCAGUACUCUGUGUCGUCACGAAGGCCCAGAGCUUAGAGUUCUACUACCCUGACUUUUCUGCGCAGAAUUCGACUGAUUUCGUCUUCAGCAAUAGCUCAAGCAUCGGUGAUGGUGCUCUGCAAAUCACACCAAAUUCCGGCAACCCAGCUUACCAAUCGGGAAGAGUCUUCUACAAGGAAGCCUUCAAGCUACGCAGGAGCAAUGGAUCGAGCCUUACAUCCAUCAACACUUCCUUUGUGUUCAACAUCCGCUCGCUAUCUCAACCAGGAGGGGAAGGCCUGGCUUUCAUCCUCACAAACAACCCAAGGCUUCCGACCAAUAGCAGCGGGCAGUGGCUUGGCGUGGUCAACAAUCGAACCGAUAACAUGACCUCGAACCAUUUCGUUGCCGUCGAAUUCGACACCAGGAAGAGCUACGCCAAUGACCUCGACGACAACCACGUCGGCCUCGACGUCAACGGCAUCGAAUCCGUCUAUCAGGUGCCGUUUGGAGCUGUUGGCAUAAACAUUUCGAGCGGCACCGAUGUUGGAGUCAGCAUCUCAUUUGAUGCCGUGUCAAAAUCAUUUCUACUCUAUGCUGCCUUGGUUAAUGGCACAUCGGCAAUCAGUAAUACUCUGAUGUUUACAUGGUCGAUCGAUCUGUCAGUCUACUUGUCGGAGGAUGUCUGGGUGGGAUUUUCUGGAUCCACUAGCAAUUUCACUCAACUGAACCAGAUCAAAUAUUGGUCUUUUAGCUCGCUGGACACCGAAGACAUUGGAACGCCGAAGAAGAAGAAGAGUUUGAGAUCGAUUUGGUUGCUUACCAUGCUUCCACUGUUGCCUGCUAUUGCCGUUUUCUUAUACCGGAAGAAGAAGGAGAAAGGGAGACUAUUUAGAUACGACAGAAAGAUGGUGAGACAAGACAUAGAACUAAUCCUCGAGGAUUGCAGCAAGCGACCGGUUAGAUUUCAGCUAAAGGAGCUCAAAGAUGCGACGGCCAACUUCGAUCCAAGCAGGCAGCUCGGCAAAGGCGGGUUCGGAACUGUCUACAGAGGUUACCUGAAGGACUUCGACAUGGAAGCGGCUGUCAAGAGGAUCUCAAGGAAUUCGCACAGGGGAGAGCGAGAAUUCAUCGCGGAGGUGACGACCAUCAGCCAGCUCUCGCACCGGAACCUCGUGAAACUAAUCGGGUGGUGUAACGAGGACAGGGAGCUGCUCCUGGUGUAUGAAUUCUUGCACAGAGGCAGCUUGGACAGGUAUAUAUUUGGGAAGGAGGGCACAGUAGCAGAGCUCCCUGUUCUUGACUGGGCGACGAGGUACAAGAUAAUCUCCGGGGUGGCCUCCGCUCUGGACUACCUCCACCACGGAAGCAUCAAAAGGGUGCUUCACAGGGACAUCAAGGCGAGCAACGUGAUGCUGGACGACGAAUACAAUGCCCGGCUGGGGGACUUCGGCCUGGCGCGAGCCAUCGAACGCGACGACAAGUCCCACCAUUCCACCACCGCAGUAGCUGGAACUCGAGGUUACAUGGCGCCCGAGUGUUACUUCACCGGCCGGGCGAGUCCCGAGACUGAUGUGUAUGCCUUUGGUGUGUUCGCCAUGGAGGUCGCCUGCGGCCGAAGGCCCGGUAACAACUACGUUCGACCCUGCGACGAGGAGGCUGAGUUCGACGGAGGUGGUUCAGAUUACAUCGUGGACUGGUUGUGGGAUCUACAUGGAAGUGAGAGGAUCUUGGCUGCAGCGGACCCGAGGCUGAGUGAAGAGUACGAUGAGGUGCAAAUGGAACGCGUGCUGAAGUUGGCGUUGGCAUGUUGCCAUCCAAACCAUCAAAAGAGGCCAUCGAUGAGGAUGGCUCUCCAGGUUCUAGGCGGCGGAGCUCUUCCUCCAAAUCCUGCAGCUGAGAAGCCUGCUUUCGUGUGGCCUGUGAUGAACACUCAACAUGAGAUCGAGCUGCCUCUCGUGGGGCUACUUUUUGUAGGAGGGCGCCUGAGUCAGAGUUCCAUUAGUGGAAGAUGACUCUCUCUGUGAUGAUUCCGCCAUUGUUAAGCUGCCUCACAGUGGCUACAUUUCCUUAAUUUCCAAGCUUAUUACUGGUUA